GAGGCACGCAAGGGUGCCGGGUGGCCGGAGCGCGGCUGUCACUGCGCCCGAGUAUCCCGGGGCUUCCCGGAGCGGACGAGCCGACCGCGCGGGGCAACCUCAUCCCCGCGCCCCUCGCAGCGCCCGCCGAGCCCCCGCACGGGCGAGCGUCCAGGACUUAGCACAAAGCACGUUUCCCCAAGCAGCGCAGGGGGCGCCCGGCCGCGCGCCGGCGCACGUACCCCCUUUCCCCUUUGUUCCGAGGGUCGGCGGCCUUUCUCCUCCCCACGUCGCAAUCCCCGCCCGGCGUGGCGAGCCGCCAAGUGCAGCUGCGAAGAUGCCCUUGGAGCUGACCCAGAGCCGGGUGCAGAAGAUCUGGGUGCCCGUCGACCACCGGCCCUCGUUGCCCAGAUCCUGCGGGCCGAAGCUGACCAACUCCCCCACGGUGAUCGUCAUGGUGGGCCUCCCUGCCCGGGGCAAGACAUACAUCUCCAAGAAGUUGACCCGCUACCUCAACUGGAUUGGUGUCCCAACAAAAGUGUUCAACGUGGGGGAGUACCGCCGCGAGGCCGUGAGGCAGUACAGCUCCUACAGCUUCUUCCGCCCCGACAACGAGGAGGCCAUGAGAGUCCGAAAGCAGUGUGCCUUAGCUGCCUUGAGAGAUGUCAAAAGUUACCUGACAAAGGAAGGGGGACAAAUUGCAGUUUUUGAUGCCACCAAUACUACACGAGAGAGGAGACACAUGAUCCUUCAUUUUGCCAAAGAAAAUGUUUUCAAGGCGUUUUUCAUCGAGUCUGUGUGCGACGACCCCACGGUUGUGGCCUCUAACAUCAUGGAAGUGAAAAUCUCCAGCCCGGAUUACAAAGACUGCAACUCGGCAGAAGCCAUGGACGACUUCAUGAAGAGGAUCAGUUGCUACGAAGCGAGCUACCAGCCCCUCGACCCCGAUCACUGUGACAGGGACUUGUCGCUGAUCAAGGUGAUUGAUGUUGGCCGGAGGUUCUUGGUGAACAGAGUCCAGGACCACAUCCAGAGCCGGAUCGUGUACUACCUAAUGAACAUCCACGUGCAGCCGCGCACCAUCUACCUGUGCCGGCACGGCGAGAAUGAGAACAACCUCCAGGGCAAGAUCGGGGGCGACUCGGGCCUGUCCAGCAGGGGCAAGAAGUUUGCCAGUGCCCUGAGCAAGUUUGUGGAGGAGCAGAACCUGAAAGACCUCCGGGUGUGGACCAGCCAGCUCAAGAGCACCAUCCAGACGGCAGAGGCACUGAAGCUCCCCUACGAGCAGUGGAAAGCGCUCAACGAGAUUGAUGCGGGUGUUUGUGAGGAGCUGACCUAUGAGGAGAUCAAAAACACCUACCCUGAGGAGUAUGCGCUGCGUGAGCAGGACAAGUACUACUACCGCUACCCCACAGGCGAGUCCUACCAGGACCUGGUCCAGCGGCUGGAGCCGGUGAUCAUGGAGCUGGAGCGGCAGGAGAACGUGCUGGUCAUCUGCCACCAGGCUGUCCUGCGCUGCCUGCUGGCCUACUUCCUGGACAAGAGCGCAGAGGAGAUGCCCUACCUGAAAUGCCCCCUUCACACCGUCCUGAAACUGACACCCGUCGCCUAUGGUUGCCGCGUGGAAUCCAUCUACCUGAAUGUGGAGUCUGUGAGCACACACCGGGAGAGGCCAGAGGAUGCAAAGAAGGGACCUAACCCGCUCAUGAGACGCAAUAGUGUCACCCCACUAGCCAGCCCCGAGCCCACCAAAAAGCCGCGCAUCAACAGCUUUGAGGAGCAGGUGGCCUCCACCUCUGCUGCCCUGCCCGGCUGCCUGUCCCCGGAGGUGCCCACUCAGCUGCCUGGACAACCUUUGCUAGGGAAAGCCUGUCUAAUAUGAAAGUCUCCCGGAGCGGCGCCGACUCCUCCAGGACACCCUGAAGCAGUGCAUUGAGUUCCAUUCCAUUUCCAUUUCUGCAGCUUAGCUUGUGCCUUUCCACCUACCGAGGCCAAAAUGAUCCCAAGGACUUCUGGAGUGGGGUGGGUGGAGUAGAAGGGGGGUCUUGCUAAUUGAAUGGAACCUGUGCACGCUCCCCCUCCCUCCCUCCCUCGCCCACCACACUUCCACAGCCUGAGGGUGGCUGGGACUUCAGGAAGCUGUGUGGAUCUGUGGGGUCCUCUGCUCUUGGGUCUUCCAGCGGUGUCUAACCUCAGAGACCACCGCCCCCCGAGGCUUGGAUGAUUAGUAGCGGAGGAGGUGACGGAGGGCCCUGCAGAGGGGGCGCCGCUGUGCGGUUUUACUUUGUUUGUUUCUGUGAUCUUGGCCUGGCAUGUUGGUAGCCAGGGAGAUGACACAGGCAGGAAUCCUAAAAUUUAGGACAGCUAGGUCCUGGUUGCUGAAGGUCAAGGGAUGUUUAACCAUGUCCAUAAGACUCCUUGUGCAUGCUGGCCCGGGAAGACACCUUGAACACAACAGCCUUGGAAAAGUGCCGGAGGGUCCUCUUCUCCCGAGAAAUCCUUGAGCUGCAACUGCCUGUCUGCGAAGCAGUCACACCCUGGCUCUCCCACAUGUCCACACGCCUUCCAGGCCUGUGUUCUGCCCCUGAAGAAGACAUCAAAGGACAGAUGAGCUGUGCAGGUGAAAGAAAGUGUUCUGAUGAAAUACGGCCGCUGGGCACCCAUCUCCUGGGGAGCUCUGUGGUCCCUCUGCUCUCCUGCCUGGACUUGGAGGCACUGGAGAGAAUCGGUCUUGGGGCUGCUUGUUUUUGCACUUUUCUCAUGCAGAAGUAUGACCUGGAAGUCACACCUUCUCUUCGGGAACAUUGCUGUUUGGGGUUGAUGCCCUUGGGGCUUGGGGGCUUGGAGGAUGUGGGGAGUUGGGCGUGUCCAAGAGGUGGGCAGUGUCCGAUUCAUUGGGAUCUCUGUGAGACUGAUUCUGCGGGGCACCGUAGAGGAGAAGAACCCCGGCUUGCUUCCUGCAGGACCAGCAUCACUGCCCACGUUCCCCAGGUAGAGACAGUAGCCAUGCAAGGCCUCACUCCAGGCCGCUUCCUUCAAGAGGGUGUCUGCAUGUUUUGUCCGGUGUCUGGAUACCUUGGGGUGUUCAGAAGCGUGGAGCAUGUCCUUGGCUUCCCUCUGUGGCAGCUGUGAUGUUUUUGCGGGUGUUGAAAGCAGGGCUCAGGGGACAGGUGUUCUCAGGACCUGUCGGUUUCUCCUUGUUGCCUCAAAACACUGGGGGUGGAGAGGGUGUCCUGUGCCCAGAAGGAGCAACUUGGAAGCUCAGCAGAAUAUGUCCAAAUGACCCUCUUAAAAAUGUCUCAAAGCUGGUGCCAAAGGUCACUUUUCUUUCCUGCCUUCUGCUUGUGAGACCUGAGACCCUUCCCCUCCUGGCUCAUGGGGGUGUCCCAGGUGAGGGUGGGGGGAAUUAAGACACCUGAAGCUGGGAGUGGCGAGAAGAGCUAUUUUUGUUUGUUUUUUGAGAGGAGCUUCUACAGAAUGCAUGUUUCCUGGAUGGGGAUUAAGGGGAGUGGGGACAUGCUUCAGAUACCAUACAGUCUAGUUUGUGGUUUUCACACUGGACCAUUCCCAUGUGACCCCCUUCAAUUGGCUGUCUGCUUGAGAGGAUGUCUAUGUGUACAUUCCUGGGCAGCUUGAGGCUUGGACUGUUGUCUCUCUAUCCCUGUAUCCUGAGUCAUGUGUGUGUGUGCAUGUGCGUGUGUGCCGGUUGGUUGUAUUUUUAGACAAAAGGGCCUGCAGCUUUGCUCUUGAGAACAGUUUAUGUCCCACUCUCUGGCCUCAUCCUCUCUGUAGCUGUCGGAGUUGACUCUUUGAAUGUGGACUCUUCAGUCUGAUCCAGGGAGGGGCUCCAUGAGGCUGUGUCCUCUCUCACCUCUGACUCCCUGAAAUCGAUAUGUAGACAAAGGUUUUGCCUAACUUAAGACUUUAGUUUAUAAGGGCCUAAAUGGGGAGAGAGAGAACCUAAAUAUGGACAGGAGGGGCGAUCUUGGAGAAAGCAGAGCACUGCUGAGUUUGAAAGCAGGUAGUCACCCGACGCUGGAGGAGGCAUGGGAUGGAGGGGCUUGAGCUGCAGUCUUGGAACUUUUGCUUCCUCUGAUUCCCCCCCCCCCCCAAAAAAAAACCCGGGACCAAUGUUUUUAACUUUGGAUAUUUGUUUUUGGGUGGAUUUCCUUCUCUCCUUAUUCUGUCCUGAGACCAUGGGCAAAGCUCUGCAUUUUGGGGGGAAAAGAAAAACUGUUUGAACCACACCAAUGAUAUUUUUGUUUGUAAUACUUGAAAUUUAUUUUUUUAUUAUUUUGAUAGCAGAUAUGCUAUUUAUUUAUUUAAUAUGUAUAAGGGAGCCUAAAAAUAGAAAGCUGUAUAGAUUGGGUUUAGUUGUUCAUUGGCUUGGGGGCCUUUUAUGUGUGACUUAUGACUUCUCUGUGUUCUGUGUUUUUGUCUGAGUUGAUGACCUGGAUGAAGCUAUGCUAGCUUUCAAACAGGGGAUGCCUUUCAGAAAUUUGUAUAUUUUGCAGUUCCAGACCAAUAAAAUACCUGGUUGAAAUACA